UCACAAGUAUUGAUUUGAUAAAUGGGCUGGGAUGGAUGUGGGGAAACAACGAAAUAUUCAUUGCUUUACUGGUCAGACAUUUAAGAUGCUUUUUGUUUUGGUUUCAGUAGUUUCAAAAUCUUGGAAUCUUUUCAAAAUGACACAUAGCAUAAUCAUCAACUUACUGUAAAUUGUCUCGAGCUGCUGACUGCUGACUUUCAAUUGUGCUUUCAUGUUAAGCUGUCAGCUCACUCAGUUAAAACUGUAGGAUGUGUUAUUUCCUGCUGUGCUCACAUCAACUAGUUCCUGUUUCAGAAUUGGCUUUCUGUCGCAUUUGUCCAGACAUGUUUAUGACAUUUCAUGAAACACCAAUUUCCUCUUUGAUGGGGAGACGCUGGUGAGGACAAUUCCCGUCUCCUCUGUCUGUACAUGAGUGAUGGUGAACGGAGAGAAGGAGCGCGUGUCGCUGCUGUUCAUGAAGGCUCUGGUCAGCAGGGGCAGCGUGGACGCCGUGUCGCAGCAGAUGGCCUCUCACCCGCAGUACUUGGAGAGCUUCCUGCGCACACAGCACUACAUCCUGCACAUGGACGGGCCCCUGCCGCUGCCGUACCGCCAUUACAUCGCCAUCAUGGCUGCAGCGCGACAUCACUGCAACUACCUGGUGUACCUGCACUCAGCCCAGUUCCUGAGGGUGGGCGGGGACCCUGUGUGGCUGCAGGGUUUGGAGGCAGCCCCCCCUCGCCUUCGUCUGCUUGACCACAUCAACAAAGUGCUGGCCCACCAACCCUGGCUCACUGCCUGCUCACACAUCCAGGCGCUGCUGAAGGCGGGCGAGCAGUGCUGGUCUCUGGCGGAGCUGGUGCAGGCCGUGGUGAUCCUCGCUCACUGCCACUCCCUCUGCAGCUUUGUGUUUGGAUGUGACACAGACUCAGACCCUGCCUCUCUCUCCAAGUCUCCUAACGGCACCCCGCCCACCUUCUGCCCCUUCGAUGCUGCCAACGGCAACGCCAACGUGCCUCAGACGCUCGCCACUCCCUCUGAACACAUAACGAGAAGACGGUCUCUGGACUCCAGCUGUGACAUGGUGUGUCUGAAGGAGAAGAUUCAGAAGUCUCAGGAGGAGCGAGAGAAGAGAGAAGAGCGGCUGCUGCAGACACAAGGACUCCAGCAAACAGAUAUGGAAGAAGAGGAGGAGAUGAUAUGCUUUGCAGACCCCACACGUUUCAUCACAGACCCCGACUUAUGCUACCAGGAGUUUGCUCGCAGAGAGGAGGACCACUUUCAAGUAUUUAGAGUUCAGGACUAUUCAUGGGAGGACCACGGCUUCUCCUUAGUCAACAGGUUGUACUCGGACAUCGGCCACCUCUUGGACGACAGAUUCAGGAGCGUGACGACCCUCCCCUCGAUGCACAGCCCCGACCUGAAGAGGGCCAUCUGGAACUACAUCCACUGCGUGUUAGGAAUACGGUACGAUGAUUAUGAUUAUGGAGAAGUGAACCAGUUGCUGGAGCGGGAUCUGAAGCUGUACAUCAAGUCUGUGGCCUGCUUUCCAGACGCCACCAAAACUCCAGUGUGUCCGCUCAGUCUGGCUCCGCUCAAACCUUCAGAGCAGAUACACGUGAACCUGCUCAUCAUGGAGGCCCGGCUGCAGGCGGAGCUGCUCUACGCGCUGAGAGCCAUCACUCAGUACAUGAUCGCAUGAGCGCUCGGAGAGGCACCGAGUGAAAUAACUCUCCGCCGGUACAGAGAGACGCGAGGAUGAAGACAUCUCAACAGCAGACGGUGGGACGAGAGGGACACUUUUAGGGACACAGAGCUCAUGGUUUUGUAGCUGUGCCUCAUGAAUGUGCUUUUCUUUUUCUCAGAUGUAAUGUAUUUAUACCAUAGUGUGCCACGCCCCCUCCUCAUGCAGAUUCUCCUGUUGUGAAGUCCUCUCAUCAGACAUCUCGGCUCUCAAACGUUAUGUGCAAUUAUUCCUAGAGAUGUUUCAAUGUGUACCUUUUUUGUUUUGUGUUCAUUCUGUACGAAGCUGCUCGGUAGUAGCAGUGUUACAGCGGCCAACACUCUCCUUAGUUUGAUCGGUCUCCUUUUGUAUUAACUAUGCUUUCCCCAAAAAAUAUCGUUUUGUACACGUUGAAUGUUAACGGGAGACCAGGUUAUUUUUGUUGACAAUCCUCGUCAGUGUUGGAGGAGGACAGUGAGUGGACCGUGAAGGACGACCGUUUCGCCCUCCCUAACAUUUCGUAUUAAUGCUGGUCAAGAACAAACACCACAGUGACACUGCUGGAAGUUAUCACAUCACUAUAGUUUCUUUUAAUAAGCACUUUUUUAAACUUUAUAUAUUUAUAAUGCAAGGUAACUCAAUAGUAGACAUUGAGACGCACGGUGUCGGUGUCCGACGCCUUUCUUCUCGACUGUAUGACGUGUGAAAAAAAUAUUUGAGACUGUUUGUCGUGUAACUUUCAAAUUAGCUUUUGUUCUCAACCCCAGAUUACAGUGAAUUAUUGCUCUACUUGUUACGUUCAGGUCAGUGCUGACACACAGAAGGAUUUUGAAGAUAAUAAUGUUUUCAAGACAUAAUUUACGCCUGAUAAGAAAACGUGUAACUAAACUUAGGAAGUCAUUGAGGAUUAAGCUGAGCCAUUCGCUAAAUGAUUGUUUUUUGCGCUUCAGAAGUGAUCAAAUCAGAGACUGAAUUUGAAGAUUGAAGAAGAAGAUGAUUCAACUUAUUGUCAUUACGUAGUACAGGUACUAUGUGACGAAACAGUUUCUCUGCAUUUGACCCAUCCUAGUGUUAGGAGCAGUGGGCUGCCAUUAUGUACGGCGCCCGGGGAAUUUCAGACCAAAGGUCAUUAAAGAAGCAAAUUGAAGGAUUGGAUGGAUGCAAAAUUCCCAGUCGAUCUGCACUGGUCAUGAGUUCAGACGUUCUGCUCAAAGCUGUGUCUAAGCUUUUCUUGUGAGCUGUAGCAAAGCUGAUUAUAGAAAUCCACGGUACAAUUUGCAAAGCAGAACAAUGUGCAAACUAUUCGUUGAAACGCGUGUAUCUUGUUUUCUGUCUUUUUUUUAUUUUUAUAGUUUUUGUUUCUGGGUUUGACGGUAGGACUUGCUUGUUGUGCUGUAGCUCAGGUAGACGUAGAGUUUUGACAGACUUUAGAAUUAGUAGCUGCAAGAUGUAGAAAAUAAACAAGUGCAUAUCGAGCAUGUCAAGCAAAGCGCUGAUAACACAGGUGCCUUCAGAAUACAGCUGGAUGCUGCUGAAGUGGAGGGAGGUGACUACUGGAGGCUGGAUGUGGGCUCUGGUGGCAGCUGGGAAACCUUUUCAAACACGGGUUUAACAAGUUGGGAAAAAAAGAAGUUUUUUCUUGGCGUUUGUCAGUGUGUGUCCUCUAUCAGACACCUGGGAACCCCAGCAACUCGGCAAAGAGCCUUGACACAGAUGGAUGUUAAACAUGUUCAACUUGAGCAGAUAAAAAUAAAGGAUAAUUCUCUUUAAAAAAACAAGAAACUUCUUUAAAAAAAAGAGAACAAGUGAAAAAGCAAAACUGUUUUUUGAAAAUGUGAAGAAAUGUUUUCUAUAAAGAUGCUCUAUGAAAAUAAA